UUAACUGUUGAGCCAUCUCUUCAGCCCCUGCAGUUUCAUUCUUUGUGCCUGACAGUGUAGGAGGUUCUCAAGCUAAAAUCCCCACAACCACUAGAGUAGUCUGCAUUGUUCAGCCCAGAAAAGUACCUUUUGGUGCUAAAAGACUGAAGUGUUAAAAGGUCCAGUUGUCCUUAUCCUGGGUCUCCAGUGCCUUGUUCCUCAGUUCUUCCCUGAACUCUAGCCUAGUCAUCAUCCUCGUGAGUGUGUGUGUGUGUGUGUGUGUAUACAGGUUGUCCUCAGGUGUCCUCUGUGGUCCCCAUCCUGUGGUCCCCAUUUCUCCUUGAACCCAGAGCAUACCAAUGGCUAGACUGGCUGGCCCCUGAACUCUAGGGAUCCCUCUGUCCGUGUAUGUCCCUGUGUCCCAUCCCCCUCGUCCCCCAGUCCCCACCCCCCCAGUGCUAGAGGUUACAGAUGUCUGCUGCCACACCCAGAGUUUCGCAUGGAUGUGGUCCAGGGCUACAAACUCAGAUCCUCAGUGUGGGACUGGUUCCUUCUGACAUACACCUACCCUUCUUCCCAUAAUUCAUUUCUUCUCUUUUAUCUUUGGAGCAGGGAAUAGAACCUAGAGACACACAUGCUCUACCACUUUUGUCCCUCUCUUUCUGCAACUUGGCAAAUCACUGAACAAGAUUUGUGAUGAAAUGGAGCCUGGAACAAACUCAUUUCGAGUAGAAUUUCCGGAUUUUUCCAGCACCAUUCUUCAGAAACUGAACCAGCAACGCCAGCAAGGACAGUUAUGUGACGUCUCCAUUGUUGUCCAAGGCCACAUUUUCCGGGCACACAAAGCAGUUCUUGCCGCCAGUUCACCCUACUUUUGUGACCAAGUACUCCUGAAAAAUAGUCGGAGAAUUGUUUUGCCUGAUGUGAUGAACCCCAGAGUGUUUGAAAGCAUUCUCCUGUCUAGUUACACAGGACGCCUGGUAAUGCCUGCUCCAGAAAUUGUUAGUUAUUUAACAGCGGCCAGCUUCCUCCAAAUGUGGCACGUGGUGGACAAGUGCACCGAGGUCUUGGAGGGAAACCCAGCAGUCCUGUGUCAGAAGCUGAACCACGGCAGUGACCACCAGUCCCCCAGCAGCAGCAGCUACAAUGGCCUGGUAGAGAGCUUUGAACUGGGCUCUGGGGGCCACGCUGAUUUCCCCAAAACCCAGGAACUGAGAGACGGUGAGAACGAGGAGGAGAGCACCAAAGACGAGCUGUCAUCUCAGCUCACUGAGCAUGAGUACCUGCCUAGUAACUCAUCCACUGAGCACGACCGGCUGAGCACCGAGAUGGCGAGCCAGGAUGGGGAGGAGGGGGCCAGCGACAGCGCGGAGUUCCACUACACCCGGCCCAUGUACAGCAAGCCCAGCAUAAUGGCUCACAAGCGCUGGAUCCACGUGAAGCCCGAGCGCCUGGAGCAGGCUUGCGAGGGCAUGGAUGUGCACGCAGCCUAUGACGAGCACCAGGUGACCGAGUCCAUCAACGCCAUGCAGACAGAGCACCUGGCCCAGCCUUCGGGCGUGGAGGAGGGCUUCCACGUCGGGGAGAAGAAAGUGGAGGCAGAGUUUGACGACCAGGCCGAGGAAAGCACCUACGAUGAGCAGGUGGACUUCUACGGCUCCUCCAUGGAAGAGUUUUCUGGAGAGAGGUCAGAUGGGAAUCUAAUUGGGCACAGACAGGAGGCAGCCCUCACCGCCGGCUACAGUGAGAACAUGGAGAUGGUGACGGGGAUAAAAGAAGAAGCUUCCCACUUAGGGUUUUCGGCCACCGACAAGCUGUAUCCUUGUCAGUGUGGGAAGAGCUUCACACACAAGAGUCAGAGAGACCGGCACAUGAGCAUGCACCUCGGCCUCCGGCCUUAUGGCUGCGGUGUCUGUGGUAAAAAAUUCAAAAUGAAACACCAUCUCGUGGGCCACAUGAAAAUUCAUACGGGCAUAAAGCCGUACGAAUGUAAUAUCUGUGCAAAGAGAUUCAUGUGGAGGGACAGCUUCCAUAGGCAUGUGACUUCUUGUACCAAGUCGUACGAAGCUGCAAAGGCUGAGCAGAAUACAACCGAGGCUAACUAAAAAUAGGGUCUGGCCCUUGAGUGGCGUGCACAAAAAUAAACUAUGGUAAUUAAUGCAAAUCUGGGCACAGAUGAUGCGUGCUACUUGCUAUUAUGAGAGAAGCUUAAAAAAAAAGGAAGAUAUUUCUGAAAGACCAGCUCUAAGUAGGCCAAUUAAAAAAUUUAAUUCUUCAAAUUUCUAUGUUCUGGCCCUGGCCUAGAAUGGGUGAUGAGGAUAAGUUCACCCAGUGUCCAGGUGGCAAGAGAACCCGUCAGGCCAGCUCUGAUUAAGGCAGGUGCACCUGGCGAUUGACACCUGCAGGAGGGCCUGGACUCCCACUCCAGUUCCGUUCUAGGUAGCAGCAGUUGUGAUCACUCAUUAUUACGAGGUCAUGUUGAAAUGUUAUUUUGUUGUUACGGUAACUACUUAGCUUCUGUGGAUUUGUUUUGGUAGUGGCUUCCCUGGAGGGUCCUUACCUAAAAGCUACAAAUAACGUGAUCCCGAGGAUGAGAGGUUGAUAGAGCUCUUUUGUCUGGUUUCAUUCUCUCUAAAGGGUAUUUUAACUAAAACUGACUUCCUAAGUAACAUGGUACAAGCCUUGAUUUCUGGAUGAUGCUGCCGAUACCAUGCGUUCGUCUCUUGAUAAGCCACAGUUUUAUAUUUAGUACUAAAUUGGGCUUGAACUAUUGUAUCUACUUGUAAUUCUCUUGGGUGCCAGAGAUAGGUGUUUCAAGCUGGUUUGUUGGCUCCAAGUCCCCCUUGUGCUAGGAGAUAUCCAGCCUGCCAUGACCUACCACAGUACCAAACAGUGCCCAGGCUGUGGGCCUGUCUUAGAUCAUGGUGCUUCUCAACAAGGACAGCCAGGGACCACGGUUCAUGGGACCGAGCCAGCCCACAUGGCUAAGAGUCGCCUAUGAGUGGGACACUCCCAUAGUCAGAGAUUUGGGAGGGGCAGAAUCUUAAAAAUGGCAGGUUAUAAUUUAGAAAAAAGAAGAGUCUCAAAAAUACACUGGGGGUACUGUUUUAGAGGGUACACUGAGCUAAACUCUCAGUUCUUUAUGAAUGCUGAGAUAUGGGUUAAAAAGGGGGAAAGGAGUCCUAAUUUUAGCAAAACAGUCUACAGAUUCAUGCUCCCAAGUCACAGAUAGAGCUACAUAAAUUUACAAGUCCAAGUAGCUGUUCACCCAGCAAAGAACAAGAAAGGCAGCUCUUCUGAGACCUUCUCUAUCAUGGGGUUGGAUGUUGGAUGUUCAGAAGAAGGCAUAUGUUCAGGGUGCUUUGAAGCAGUGUGACUCCAGAGGUUGUUACCAGGGUAGGUGUUCUACAUUGAUUCCUGUUGCUAUGACAGUACAGUCUGACCAGUAACAACUUAGGGGAGGAAAGGAUUUAUUUCGGCUUACACUUCCAGGUCACAGUUCAUCAUUGAAGGAAGUCAGGACAGGAGCUUGAAGCAAAAACCAUGGGGGAGCACUGCUUGCUGGCUCACUGGCAGGCUCAUAACUACUUUGCCUUCUCCCACAGCCCAGGGAACAGCACCACCCACCAUAGGCUGGGCCCUCUGCAUCAGUUAACAUCAAGACAGUCCUUCACAGGCAAGCCCACAGGCCAGCCUGGCCUGGGAAGUCCCUCGGUUGAGACUACCUUCUCAGAUGAUUCUUGGUUGUGUCACAUGGACAGUUAAGGCUGACUUAAGACGAUAGGACAGGGUGUUAAUCACUCUUAUCUCUCCAUAAACUUACUGUUCUAUUACUGCUUAAGUAGAAACUCUUCCUAUUUUAAAAUAAAAAUAAAUUUUUUCUUGGAUUUGGGGUGAAAUUUUGACUUACAGGUUUGGCUUUCUCUAGAAGGUGACAGACAUUGCUGGCAGUGGCUCUGAUCCUUAGGCUCCUGACCCCAAGACUUCACUGAUCAAACAGUGUCUAGAAAGGGGAAUGAAAAUACAGAUUUGCCAGUUAACAGGUGAUCAGGAUUACAAAACAGGGAUCUGUUCACUAACACUGUAUCAUUCUCGAUGUAUAAAAAGCACUUUGUAUUUAAAACUUUAUCAUAAUAUAUUUUUUGUUUUUGUUUUUUAACCUAGAAACUAAAUAUUACCUCCUGGUUGUUUGCCACAUUAGUAUAAUCUCUUAGUGUUGAAAGUUUGCCAGUCAGCAGUCCUCUCCGUAUGCACCUGAGGAGUGUGUACAGGUGACUGUACAAUCAAGCUCACACACCUCCGGAGUUUCCCAUGUUAGAAGCCAGUGGGUUUUAGGGCUGAUCCUAAACUAUGUGAGGAGAAAGGAUUUUAUUGCUCUUGCUACUUUCCACACAAAGGCAGAGAAGCUGCCUCUUGAGAAGGUCAUGUGCUGCUUCCUGUCGAAGUCUAUAGAUUCCUGUGAGCAUUGGAGCCUUUAAUAUACAGGAACAUUGUGGUCCUUGGGUUAUGCUGAAUCAGCACCCUUGCCCUGCUUGAUGACAACAAGCUUUUGUGGAGCAGGAGUAUGGCUGUCACCAGGCAGACCCGGUGUAAAGGUGGAGUGUGUGCAGUGCUGGCUGUGUCCUGGAGGCAGAGGAGUAGCUUUAGGCUGGAGGUUAAAGUGAGCGUUCCUGGUUCCUAAACAGCCUUUUAGGGUUAGGCCGACAUAGCACAUUGCUGCCUGCCUUCCAUCCUCUCCCCUCUUUGCAGUUGAAGUCUUUCCCUUAGCCUCAACCCAACUUCAGGAAAUCCUUAUCCUUCCAAAAGAACUUGAAUAAGUUGUGGGUAGCGUUUCCCAACCUUUCAGGGAUUAUUCCGAUGGCCUACAACCAAGGUAUUUGUUUCCUCCUUUGGGUCUUGACUAGUUUUUCUCCAGGCCCAGUAGGAAAGGGCUUCAAGGCCCCUCCGGUGGUGUUGUUUCAUAUUCUGUGUGUACCAUGCCUUUAAUCUUUGAUGAGCAUCUUAAGUGAGCCCUGUGGGCCAGCUAAGGAAGGAAUGUGGUGACUUCUGCCCUUGCCCUGACCUGUGGAUUCCUGUCUCUAGAUCUCACCUGCUCCCUCCCCUUUAGGCCACUGUUAUUAAAAGCCUGCUCCAAAGGGUCUCCUCCACUUCAGGAGAUAGUCACUGAGCUACACUGACCCUAGGCAGCCUUCUAGCUAUUUGGGAAAGCUGCAGGUCCCAGGGGCCCCUCCCUAUAGAGGGUGGCACACCCUUAGCUGGUGUGGAAGGGAAGUUGAAAUCCAGAAGCCAUGCAGACUGUGCUUUCUGGAGAGGGUGAGCUGCUGCCCAGGUUCAGGGUGGAGUGGGGCCUCUGCCACAGAUGAGGAAUUUGUUCUCUAAGCCCUGAUACUUUGGGAAUACCAGAGACAGGGACAGGUUGAUGCUCUCAUAGGUAACUAACUAGCCAGUGAAUCCAGGGUUGAUGUGGGUUUUGUUUUCAUUUUUUUUUUUGCUAUUUACGUAUUUAAAGGUACUAGUUUCUUCAAAUCUCUACUGAUAGUGCCCUAUGGGAAGAUGCUGGAACACAUUUUGCAAAUGUGAUUUUUUUUCCUUUUUAAAUUUUGCUUGAAGCCUGUGUCAUGUCAGUAGCUGCUGCUCCUUCCUUUUUAUGAGGUCCCCAAUGUUUCUUCAAGAAAAAUUUAUUUAUGCAAGUCAGGUGAUUCUUAGGCCACAGAACCGUUUGAUGAUAAACAGGUUAUCAUUAGGUGCAUAUCUUAUUGGUAUUUUGUGAAAUGUUAUGCCUGUGUUGAAAAGUUGAAUAGUUCUGACUUUAUAUGAUUGCUGUCUUCAGUGUACAGCAUGGUUUUACUUAACUGAAUGUUACCGUUUGAUAUUUUCUUCUUAUAGAAGAGAUCACACUCUUUUGUAUGACAUGUUUUAAUAAAUGUUAUCUGUCCAUUUUGUAAAAA